AUGCCUCCCAAGGGUUCCAAGCCCACCAGUGACGAGCUACUUGCUCAGUUCGAUAACCUUGGUAUCGACCAAUCCAAUAAAACAUCCAAACCCUCUCAAGCCCCCACCGACAAUGCAAAGGCCCAGGAAGAUGUCCUAGCUGAGCUGGACAACCUUGCUGCACAGCGACCGAGCAGUGGCCCCGGUACGCCACGUCUCUCUAUUGAUAAGCCCCGAUCUUCAACACGCUCUCCCCGUCCCAGUGCGACGAUCGAGCGUGAAGAAAAAGCCCCUCGACCCUCAGAGGAGACUGGUCGUACCUCUCGUGCUGAAACCAAGCCCGAGCAGCCUAAACCAGAGGAGAAUGCCGCACCACAACAACAGGAACAGCCGCAAGAGCAGCAGGGUGGUGGCUGGUGGGGUGGUAUCUUCGCAACUGCUAGUGCAGCAAUGAAGCAGGCUGAAGCAGCGGUUAAGGAAAUCCAGAACAACGAGGAAGCGCAGCGAUGGGCUCAGCAAGUCAAGGGCAAUGUUGGUGCUCUCCGCGACCUUGGUGGCGAGCUUCGCAACAUGGCUAUCCCAACCUUCACAAACCUGAUCCACACCCUUGCCCCUCCUAUCUCAUCACACGAACGUCUCCAGAUCCAUGUGACCCACGACUUCUCCGGCUACCCAGGUGUCGACCCACUCGUAUACGCCGUGUUUUCACGGGUGAUGGCUCAAGUAGAGGGUGGCGAUCUUCUCGUUAUUCAGCGGGGCCAAGAAUCCUCGCCCAAGCGUACUCUCGAUGUGGGUGGCUACAUCUCCAGUGCGGGCUGGAAUGACGGCCCCUGGUGGCGUACCGUGACACCAGGAAACCCACGUACUAUCAACGCAGUCUCCGGGACUAUCGAGGGGUCUAAGUUGGUGCGUGCUAGCGCCGAGUCCUACGCUACGGAGUACUUUUCUUCUCGGGGUGGAAUCGAGGAGGCAGCGAAGCAGGCCAGCGAGGUGCUCAGCGAGUCGAACCCUGUUCGUAGCAGUGAUAUUUUCCUGGCUAUCCAGGCAAUUAGACAGACUGUUUCGUCGGAUCUUUUCCAGGCUGGUGCAUCCGGCGAGAAGGACACCUCGGGAGCUGUUGAGCCUGAGGAGGCGGAGGAUGAGAUUUUCUUUGCGCUUUACCUUCAUGACCCUGUCCAUGGUAUUGCUUUCCACACUAUCUCUCAGUCCGUCCCGGCCAAGUGGAUUGAGUGGCUUGAUGCCUCCGCUCCCGCGGUGGAGGAUGCUGAGGAUGCGCAGAUCGCUCAUGCUGAGGUGCCAGAGGCUAUUCUGGAGAUCAUUGAGAGCGGUGGUGUCGACCCCCGUGAGUGGAUUGCCGAGUGGAUUGAGGAGACUCUGUCUCUAUCUGCGGGUGUUAUUGCGCAGCGCUACGUCGCUCGCCGAAUGGGUGUUGGCGAGGGUGGAGUUGGUAAGGGCAAGAUGCGCGCAGAGCAAGCAUCGACUGUUGAGAGUGGUGCUGGUGAAGCUGCACGCGCAAUCUAA